GUAGAUCGAACGGUUUUACUCUCAUUGGUAAACCAUUACGAAUUACGAUAAAAUUACUGUGUUCGACUGUUCGGUAUAUUGAUCGGUCUGCGAGUUGAUUUGAUUGAAGCACUGUGGAAGCUAAGAUGGAGACUUUGGGUAAAUUCCUUAAUUGCAGCUUAGUCAAUCUUCAGAUUCUGCAAAGUAAAAAACGGAAAUGGCGUUAGGUCAUCCGGCGGCUAUGGUACAAAGGUCGCCCAUUCCGACGGCCCAGAUACACCCAUUUCAGUGUUAAAAUGAAGACCAUUCUCCGAUCAGGACCAGCAAACGGUAGGAGCGACGCCGGCGUCUUAUUAUUUGUUUUGGGAAUCUGACUUCUGACCGCUGUCACUUCUCUGUUUGGGUUUCAGCGUUUCACCAUCCUUCUCUCUGACACGGUCAGCUGCCCCCUUUCUCAUCUCUCCCAAUUUCGGGCAGCUUGACUCCCAAACUUCCACAGUCAGCUGUACCUGUACUGACGGCCCUGACUUGUAUACAUUGAAUAUAUAUGUAGACCAUACGCUUUCAUAUUCCUCCUCCACCCUCUGAUCCGCCCAUACCCGCCGCCACGAACCACCGUGGUGCGGAGGUGCUUUCUCCCCUUCCGGCCCCAUACUGCGAGUGAUUUCCAGAAUGGGUCAGGGGAUGAGUUGCAGAGCGACGGAUGAGCACGGGCUGUUCUCUGCCGUGCAGUGUGGGGACUUGGAGAUGGUGGAAGCUGUUUUGGCUAAAGAACCGGGCCUGGUUCACCAAACCACGGUGUAUGAUCGCCAUUCUGCUUUGCAUAUAGCUGCUGCCAAUGGCCAGAUCGAGGUUGUUAAUAUGCUGUUAAACAUAUCUAUCAACCCGGAUGUGUUGAAUCGCUACAAGCAGACUCCACUGAUGCUGGCUGCAAUGCAUGGAAAGAUCACCUGUGUCCAGAAGCUCAUCGAAGCCGGGGCUAAUAUAUUAAAGUUCGAUUCACUUCAUGGACGAACGUGUUUACACUAUGCUGCUUACUAUGGCCAUUCCGAUUGCCUUGAAACAAUUCUCUCUGCCGCGCGCACCUCCCAUGUUUCUGUUUCUUGGGGGUUUGCCAGAUUUGUAAAUGUGAGAGAUGGCAAGGGAGCAACACCUUUGCACUUGGCUUCUCGCCAAAGGCGACCUGAUAAUGUUCGUUUGUUGUUGAACAGUGGAGCUUUGGUCUGUGCAUCAACAGGCGGAUAUGGUUUUCCAGGCAGCACUCCUCUGCAUUUGGCUGCAAGGGGUGGAUCUCUUGAUUGUAUUCGUGAGUUGCUAGCAUGGGGUGGCGAUCGAAUCCAAAGAGAUGCCUCUGGGAGAAUACCAUAUAUGGUUGCUUUAAGGCAUAACCACAGUGCAUGUGCAGCAUUGCUAAACCCUUCAUCGGCAGAGCCAAUAGUUUGGCCUUCGCCUCUGAAGUUCAUCAGUGAGCUAAAUGAAGAUGCAAAAGCUUUGUUGGAGAGGGCUCUGAUGGAUGCUAAUAGAGAGAGGGAAAAGAUCAUAUUAAAGGGGACCUCUUACAUCCUUCCUUCUCCCUCUCAUUCUGAAGCCAACUUUGAUGAUGACAAUAUUUCUGAGGUCAGUGAUACAGGUCUUUGUUGCAUAUGCUUUGAUCAACUCUGCACAAUCGAGGUGCAAGACUGCGGUCACCAAAUGUGCGCACAAUGCGUACUUUCUCUGUGCUGUCACAACAAACCCAACCCGACCACUGCUGUUACUGCCCCUCCCGUCUGCCCGUUUUGCCGGAGCAGCAUCGAACGGCUGAGUGUUGUAGUAAAGGUUAACAAUAAUAGUAAUGAUGACACCAUUGAUCACCUGGAUACCAGCUCAAAGGUGAGGAAGGUUAAUAAGAGAUCCCAUAACAUUAGUGAUGGCGGAGGGAGUAGUAGCUUCAAGGGGUUAUCAGCAGUGGGAUCGUUCGGCAGAAUUACCAACCGUGGUUCGGGCAGGAUUCCCGAGGAAAAUGCCAUAAUUGAUAAUAAGGAGUUAAGCCUUGAUUAUUGAUAAACCAAAAACAUUGCUACUCUGAAGAUCAUGACUGUGGGGUUUUGCUGAACAACUGGUAUAUACACAGAAACCUCUUCAGGCUUGUUACUAUUAUUGUUCGGGUCAGCAAUAUUUAUUGUACAUUUCAAUUUGAAGAAGUUUGGUGCAUUGGUGAUAUUGGGGGGCCUGUUAGUUACCUCUUUUAGAUAAGAAUUCUUGUUGGGGGGGGGGGGGGGGUUCCUCAAGUAGUGAAGAGCUGCAUUCUUCCAUUGCCUCCCCCACCUUACCUCAUCUUUCUUUGUUAGUCUGUAGGUGUGAACUAUGAGCUGUGAGGUGCAUUGUUUCUAUUUUCUGUCCUUUCCAUUUAUUUUUUUGUAAGAGAUGAAUGAAAGGUGCUGUUGUAGCAGCAUAUGCUAAAUAAACAGUACAAGUUGCAAAUGGAAAUAAUUGCUUUGUUUUUGGCUGUACAUUUUUGUCACUUGUCUCAUACAUCUCCCACAUAAUUCUGCACUAAUGAAAACGAUGGGAUUUUAAGUUAUUUUAAACCCAAGUUCUAUGAAUAUUAUGGAUGUUACAAU